CGCAGACGGCACCGCCAUCCUCCUCGAGCGGUAUUUGAACCAGGUUGAAAUUGGUCACCUACACAACCCCAGCGGCGAGAUUCGCUCCGACCCGACAAGGACUGCCAGAAGGCCGACUUCCUCCGCGCUUGGGCGCAUACGUGACAAGCUCAAAAGCCUCCUCAACGGCAAGAAGAAGAGCGAGUUCUUCAAAAGCACCAACACUCAGGUUGGCAUAUGCGGUUUUUCCAUUUGAGCUUCUGCAACUAAAUAAAUGGAGAAACGAAGGAAUGCUGAGCCUAUUGAUGUGGACAAGACAACAGCAAUGUUGGAACCUGAAAAUGCUAGUGGUGGGGGACUAUAUGUUCCUGGGAAAGACAGGAUCGUGUUUAGACCUCCAGAGAGAAAAUCUUUGUUAGGGCUUGACGUCCUAGCUAAAGAAAAAAGGGGAGGGGUUGAUGGUGGAUUCAAAGUCCCUUCUGUUAUGGCAUCUAUGGAUGAAACAGAAAACUCCGAGUCGUCUGGACUAGAUGAUGUAGGGAGUAAUGCAUCACAUGGUUUUCGAAGUCAUUCUAGUAGGAGAUAUCGUGAGGCAGCUGUGGAUGAGGCAUCACAGACAGAAAGUAGAGUGACAGAAGAAAAACAAGUUAAUAAUGCAUCUGGUUCUCGUCAAUCUAGUGAAUAUACAUGCUCAGAUGUUCCAGCUAUACCUAUGCGAAGCCUCGACAGUGUUAGGUACAGGAGCUCUAGGAGUGACAGGGAUGACCCUCGUAGUGAGAGAAGAGACUACAGAGAUCAUAGUGAGAGGGAUGAUCGAAGUAGUGAAAGAAAAGACUAUAGGGAUCGGUAUGAGAGGGACAGCCGUGGUAGUGAGAGAAGUGAUUACCGGGAUAGCAGUAGAAGGGAGAGACGGAGAUGUAGUGAUGGUGGUAAAGAACAGUAUCAUGAUAGGGAAGCACGUGAUCGUUAUGAACAAGAUUAUGGUGGAGAAUAUGGAAGGAAGCGAAGUAGAUAUGAAAGUUCAAGAAGGGGAUCUGGAAAAUAUGAUUGGGAUGAUGGGAAAUGGGAAUGGGAAGAUACACCACGUAGAGAUAGUUAUUCUAACACUAGUAGGCGUUAUCAACCUUCGCCAUCUCCAAUGUUGAUUGGGGCCUCACCUGAUGCUCGACUUGUUUCCCCCUGGUUGGGCGGCCACACCUCACAGUCUACUGGUUCUAAUGCUUCUCCCUGGGACAAUGUAUCUCCCUCUCCAGUUCCAAUACGUGCUUCUGGAUCAUCAAUCAAUUCUUCAAAUUUUAGACGUGGUGGCAGGUCUGAUCAACUUUCUGUUUCUGCGGACCACUCGCAGUCUAAUGAGGAUGGAGAAUCAGGGAUUACUAAUUCAACUGAAGAACAUAAGUAUGAGAUUACUGAAAGUAUGCGACUAGAGAUGGAAUAUAAUUCUGACCGUGCAUGGUAUGACAGAGAAGAGGGUAACACAAUGUUCGAUGCAGAUACCUCAUCAUUUUUUCUUGGUGAUGAGGCUUCUUUUCAAAAGAAAGAAGCUGAAUUGGCCAAAAGACUGGUUCGAAAGGAUGGAACUAAGAUGACACUUGCUCAGAGCAAAAAAUUGUCUCAACUUACUGCAGAUAAUGCUCAGUGGGAAGAUCGACAAUUAUUGAGAUCUGGAGCUGUUCGAAGCACAGAGGUGCAGACAGAGUUUGAUGAUGAAGAGGAACGCAAGGUUAUUCUUCUUGUACAUGAUACCAAACCUCCUUUCUUGGAUGGGAGGGUUGUUUACACUAAACAGGCAGAGCCAAUAAUGCCAAUAAAGGACCCUACCUCUGAUAUGGCCAUAAUUUCACGCAAAGGAUCUGCUUUAGUUAGGGAAAUUCAUGAAAAACAAAGCAUGAACAAAUCACGCCAGCGUUUUUGGGAGCUUGCAGGUUCCAGACUUGGUGAUAUCCUUGGUGUUGAAAAAACAGCAGAGCAGAUUGAUGCAGAUACUGCUGCAGUUGGUGAAGAUGGUGAAGUUGAUUUCAAGGAAGAUGCAAGAUUUGCACAGCAUUUGAAGAAGGAAGAUGCUGUGAGUGACUUUGCAAAGUCAAAAACCGUAGCAGAACAACGGCAGUAUCUACCCAUAUACUCAGUUCGAGAUGAGUUACUGCAGGUGGUUCGUGAAAAUCAAGUUGUUGUUGUUGUUGGAGAAACAGGUUCAGGAAAGACAACACAAUUGACACAGUAUUUGCAUGAAGACGGAUACACUAUAAACGGUAUCGUGGGUUGUACUCAACCUAGGCGUGUGGCAGCAAUGAGUGUUGCAAAAAGGGUUAGUGAGGAGAUGGAGACUGAGCUGGGUGAUAAAGUUGGCUAUGCUAUCCGUUUUGAGGAUAAGACAUCCCGCAAUACUAUUAUAAAGUACAUGACAGAUGGAGUACUUUUGCGUGAGACACUGAAGGAAUCUGACCUUGAAAAGUAUCGUGUCGUUGUGAUGGAUGAGGCCCAUGAGAGGUCACUUAGCACGGAUGUUUUGUUUGGAAUAUUGAAAAAAGUUGUCGCCCGGCGUCGUGAUUUCAAGCUCAUUGUGACAUCUGCUACUCUCAAUGCAGAAAAAUUUUCAAAUUUCUUUGGGAGUGUACCGAUAUUUCACAUUCCUGGUAGAACAUUUCCUGUAAAUAUUUUGUACAGUAAAACCCCAUGUGAAGAUUAUGUUGAAGCUGCAGUGAAGCAGGCCAUGACUAUUCACAUAACCAGUCCACCAGGUGACAUACUCAUCUUUAUGACCGGCCAAGAUGAGAUUGAGGCAGCUUGUUAUUCCCUUGCUGAGCGUAUGGAACAACUUAUCUCAUCCACACAAAAAGCAGUCCCAAAGCUCUUGAUUCUUCCUAUAUAUUCACAGCUGCCUGCUGACUUGCAAGCAAAGAUAUUUCAAAAGGCUGAAGAUGGGGCCCGCAAAUGCAUUGUGGCUACAAAUAUUGCUGAGACAUCUUUGACUGUAGAUGGAAUUUUUUUUGUCAUUGACACAGGUUAUGGCAAAAUGAAAGUAUACAAUCCUAGGAUGGGUAUGGAUGCCCUCCAAGUGUUCCCCGUCAGUCGUGCUGCUGCUGAUCAGCGUGCUGGACGUGCUGGUCGAACUGGUCCUGGUACUUGUUAUCGGCUUUAUACAGAGAGUGCUUACCUAAAUGAAUUGCUUCCGAGUCCCGUGCCAGAGAUUCAAAGAACCAACCUUGGUAAUGUAGUCUUGUUGCUGAAAUCUCUAAAGGUUGAUAACUUAUUGGAUUUUGAUUUCAUGGAUCCACCUCCCCAAGAGAAUAUCCUUAAUUCUAUGUACCAGUUGUGGGUCUUGGGUGCUCUUAACAAUGUUGGGAGCCUGACUGACCUCGGCUGGAAGAUGGUAGAGUUUCCGUUGGACCCUCCACUUGCUAAGAUGCUACUGAUGGGAGAACAGCUAGGAUGUGUAAAUGAGGUUGUGACUAUUGUUUCAAUGCUUUCAGUACCAUCAGUAUUCUUCAGGCCCAAAGAUAGGAUAGAGGAGAGUGAUGCUGCGCGUGAAAAAUUCUUUAUUCCUGAAUCUGAUCACUUGACGCUCUAUAAUGUUUAUCAGCAAUGGGAACAACAUGAUCGGCGAGGGGAUUGGUGUAACGACCAUUUUUUGCAUGUUAAAGGGUUACGGAAGGCUAGAGAGGUUAGAUCGCAGCUGGUGGAUAUCCUGAAGCAAUUGAAGAUUCCCCUAUCAUCCUGUUGGCCUGAUACAGACAUUGUCAGAAAGGCCAUUUGUUCUGCAUAUUUUCAUAAUUCAGCAAGAUUAAAGGGUGUUGGGGAGUAUGUUAAUUGUAGGAAUGGCAUGCCGUGCCAUUUACAUCCCAGCAGUGCUCUGUAUGGUAUGGGUUGCACUCCAGAGCAUGUAGUUUAUCAUGAAUUGAUUCUGACAACAAAGGAAUACAUGCAGUGUGCUACUGCAGUAGAGCCACAGUGGUUGGCUGAAUUGGGUCCCAUGUUUUUUUCUGUUAAGCAUUCAGAUACAUCAUUGUUGGAACAUAAAAAGAGACAAAAGGAAGAGAAAACAGCUAUGGAGGAAGAGAUGGAGAAUCUGAGGAAGGUGCAAGCUGAGGAAGAAAGACAAAACAAUGAGAAGGAGAGGCAAAAGAAGGCUAGACAACAGCAACAGGUGUCAAUACCGGGUUUACGGCAGGGUUCUUCUACUUAUCUGAGACCAAAGAAGCUUGGUCUAUAAAUGUAAAUGAUAGUGUAUUAAACAGUUGAUUUUUAGUGUUUGAAAGAGAAACAGAGUCCUUUAAAUGUAUAAGAUGCAUCAUUAAAUAAAGUCACCUCAAUUUUUCCA